UUCCGUUCCCUAUCAAUCAAACUAUCUGGGCCGCACGAGAAAAUGCCCCGGGGCGAGCAGCGCGGACCUAGUCCGGGCAGCGGAGGCUGCUUUAGGAUGGGAAGCAAGAAGCGGCAGAGCUCCGGGAAGAUAUAUAUAAAAAAAUGUAUACAGGAGGAGGAAGGAAGAAGGAGGAGGAGGGGGGUGAAAAAAAUAUGUCGGCGUUUUUUGGGGGAGCAGAGGAGGAGGACGGAGGAGAAGGAGAAAGGGGAGAAGCGAGGCCCGGCUGCUGUGCCGUUAGCGCGGCGGCGGAGGGGAGCAGAGAGGGCGGCUGUCCCCGCCGCCGCCGCCGCCUGAUUGAUUGACUGAUGCGGGGAGGAUUUUAAGGAGCGAGCCUGGCGCUGCGGAGCCAGUGAUUUAUUCAUCCAACCGCCAUUACUGUCAAGCGAGCCGCUGGGUCACGAAGCCGAGCCGAGCCGAGCCGAGCUAUGUCGGCCGCCUGUCCCUGCUCCCUAUAAUGCCCCAGUGUUUGCAGCCUCUGCAGUGAACGUGAUGGCAGCCCAGUCGGUUUCCAUAGACAAGUACCCAAAGGGAGAGCAGCAGAUGCAAGGUGUGGCGUCGGUAGACAGCGACUCGGAGCAGAAGUUCAUCGAGGGGACGUUGGCGGAGGUGCCGAGCCCGGCGCCCACGGAGCCGCAGACACCCAUGGACGCCGACAAAGCCUCCAUAUAUCGACACCCCCUGUUCCCGCUCCUCGCUCUGCUGUUUGAGAAGUGCGAGCAGUCGACAAUGAGCUCCGACUGCAUCACCUCGGCCAGCUUCGACGUCGACAUCGAGAACUUUGUCCGCAAUCAGGAGAAGGAGGGCAAACCGUUCUUCAGUGAGGACCCCGAGCUCGACAGCCUGAUGGUGAAGGCCAUCCAGGUUCUGCGGAUCCACCUGCUGGAGCUGGAGAAGGUGAGCGACCUGUGUAAGGACUUCUGCAGUCGGUACAUCGCGUGUCUGAAGACGAAGAUGAACAGUGAGACUCUGCUGAGCGGCGACCCGGGCAGCCCGUACUCACCUGUACAGGGUCAGGUCCAGAACUUCUCACCCACCAAGACUCAGACGCCCAGCUCCAUCUCGGGGACCAUCAGUCCUCAGGGUCAGAUCGUGGUGCCGGCGUCGGCCCUGCAGCAGGGGAACGUUACCGUGACAGCCGUCAACCCCACCCAGGUGGUCGCAGGUAUGUCACCAUGGCAUACGACCGCUCCCUCAGGUGGUACAGUGUACCAGCCUGUCACAGUCGUCACUCCUCAGGGUCAGGUGGUCACACAGGCUCUGUCUCCGGGGACGAUACGCGUCCAAAACAAUCAGCUCCAGCUGCAGUUCCAUCAGGACUUGAAUCUCUUCAAUCACGACGACAACUCAACCAAGAACAAACGCGGCGUUCUACCCAAACACGCCACCAACGUGAUGCGCUCGUGGCUCUUCCAGCACAUCGGGCACCCGUAUCCGACAGAGGACGAGAAGAAACAGAUCGCCACUCAGACAAACCUGACGCUGCUGCAGGUCAACAACUGGUUUAUAAACGCACGGAGGCGGAUCCUGCAGCCCAUGUUGGACGCCAGCUCCUCCGAGACACCGAAAGCCAAGAAGAAGACGCCUCAGAACCGGCCACUGCAGCGCUUCUGGCCCGACUCCAUUGCCGCGGGGGGAGGCACUCACCAGCAGGUUACCAUGCCAGACGGUACGAUGGUGACCAUGAACAUGGAGGGCCUGCAGAGCCUGACGUCAGACGGCGCCACGCUGGCGGUACAGCAGGUGAUGCUGGGAGGCCACAGCGAAGACGAGUCGGGGGACAGCGGAGACGAGGACGACGACGCAGACAUGGCCGGGCUGGGCCUGGACAACAGCGACUCAUUGCAGUAGAGGACACACUCCCUCCCUCCUUCUCACACACACACACACACACACACACACACACACUCUGAUCGACAUAAACACACAUUAGGUUUACAUAGAGCACAAAAAGUCCAGGACGCCGUCCCCGCGAUGAUGACGGGCCGAUGGCGGUCCUGCUCUCUUCCAAACCCUCCUCCACCCUGCUGAACGGCGGUUUGUGCUGCGUGUGUGCGUUUCAUUUCAGAAACCGUUUUCUAAUUAUUUAGUUGACGUAUGCGAGUGCACUUUUUGUAUAUUUAAGCUGGAAAAGAUUCAAACAAACAAACGGACGAAGAAGAAACAAAAAAAAGAAGUGUUAAAACACGCAGAGCUCCGUUACUAAAUGUUGACUGAUUUAAUGUUUCUGUUGCUCCCCGUCCUCCCUCGGUUGAAUCAUUUUUUUUGGAUGCCAACACUCUUUAAAGUCGUACCUGUGCGAGGUUUGUCUUCACUUUUUUGCAUGCUUGUGUUUUGAGUAGAUGUGCGCACUCUUUACGACUCGACUCAAACGUGGAGAGAACGAAAACUUAAAAAAAAAACACAAAAAAAUAAAAGAGGAGAGAUGCUUAUUUUUAUAUAUGAACAUAUGGAAAAAAAUUAGUGUUUCAUUUUUUUGUGUUCUCCUGUUUUGUAAGAAUAUUUAUGUACAGAUUCAUAAUUAAAGCUAGCCGCCCUGUUUUUUUCAGGGCGCUUUGAAGUUUUCUAAAAAACAGAAAUUGAAUGCUGACGAUAAAAAAAAAAAAAGGAUUUAAAAUUGGUUUUAAACUCU